CUCCAUAUUCCUUCUCACCCCGAAACUAUGGCGGAACCGGACACAUUUAGUGAUCUACCAACGCUUCGUACCUUCUGCCCCAUGGGAAUAACAGCAAUCUAUGCCUAUUAUGAAGGGCGCACGUGCCCCUGGCGCUCCUCAAGUUGGUAUGAUCAGACCUUGGUCUUGGGCGUGGCUACCUACAGCAUCGUCAGCGGGGACUCCGCCAUUCUCUUCGACGCAGAUCUGACGCCUGCUCACGGGGCGCACAUGCUCACCCAUGUACGAAGUUUAGGCGCAAAGAGUGUGACAACAGUAUAUAGCCAUUUCCAUGCCGAUCACAUCGCUGGGGCUUCUGCUUUGCGGGAUACGAAGAUUGUUGCACACAAAAGCACGCAAGAGAGAAUGAGGCAGAAUGCUGAGAAGUUAAGAAACCCGAAUGAGGGCGGAGGACCCAGCAUCGACGUUGUGUUCCCCACGGAGACAUAUGAGAAGAGCUUGUCGCUCCGAGUCCGCGAUAUCGUAGUCGAACUGCAAAAUUUCAACAUUCACACCGCGGAUUCUACACUCCUCUUCCUCCCGGAUGCAGGCUUGGUUCUUGCUGGGGAUAUGCUCGAGGACACCGAGUUGGAGCGUAUGGCGCAGUUGCCUAUCAAGAAAAUCUUUCCUGCGCAUGGUAGCCCAGACCGGAUCAAAGCCGGAGGUUUUGAUAAGUCGUUGAUCGACGCUACGAUCCAGUAUUUGAAGGCUUUGGAUGAACCUGUUAAGAAGCCCGUUGCUUGGGAAAGAAAUCUCAAAGAUGGGAAAGACGAUUUAGUGGCAGGGAGACUGAUCUUUUUUGAGGCGUACGAGGGCUUACACCAGGAAAACAUUGAGUUCAUGAAGGAAAUACGAGAGGAAAGCGCCGCCAACAUGACGAAGAGGAGUGGCGAAGGCACCAAUGAUAUAUUGACAUAG